AUGAGAAAACCAACCAAGCUCAAGGAGAUACAGCAGCUGACUGGACGUGUCGCAACUUUGAGCAGGCCUCCUCCCGCACCACUACCAAAUCCACCACCGGCACCACCUCCCAUCCCACCUCCUCCACCGCUACCCAUGCCACCACCCCCGCCACCACCAAGGCCACCGCCUCCACCAGCUCCACCUCCCAUGCCACCACCUGCUCCAAAACCUCCACCUUGGCCUCCACCGCCUCCAAGCCCACCUCCGCCACCACCUCCCAUGCCACCACCUCCACCACCACCAAGGCCACCGCCUCCACCAGCUCCACCUCCCAUGCCGCCACCCGCUCCAAAACCUCCACCUUGGCCUCCACCGCCUCCAAGCCCACCUCCUCCACCACCUCCCAUGCCUCCACCUCCACCACCACCAAGGCCACCGCCUCCACCAGCUCCACCUCCCAUGCCGCCACCCGCUCCAAAACCUCCACCUUGGCCUCCACCGCCUCCAAGCCCACCACCUCCACCCAUUCCGCCUCCACCACCACCGCCAAGACCUCCUCCUCCGCCGGCUCCACUACCGACACCUCCGCCGGCUCCAAACCCACCACCUUUACCACCUCCACCACCAAUCCCGCUGCCACCUCCACCCCCAAAGCCACCACCACCUCCGCCACCAAGACCACCUCCACCUCCAACUCCACCACCAAAUCCACCACCUUUACCUCCUCCCCCUCCAAUUCCGCUGCCACCUCCUAAACCACCACCUCCCCCACCGCCAACACCACCACCUCCACCAAGUCCGCCACCACCGCCGACUCCACCACCUCCACCAAGACCGCCACCACCUCCACCAAGACCGCCGCCUCCUCCUAAACCACCACCUCCACCAAGGCCACCCCCGCCGCCAACUCCACCGCCUCCACCAAGACCACCACCUCCUCCACCACCAAUCCCACCACCUCCACCAAGGCCACCACCGCCUCCACCCCCAAAGCCUCCACCACCUCCCCCGGCACCACCUCCUCCACCGAACCCUCCUCCUCCUCCUCCUCCAAGUCCACCACCGGAACCUCCGCCCGCUCCACCUCCAGCUCCAAAACCACCGCCCUUUCCUCCACCAAGACCACCUCCACCACCCAAGCCACCUCCUCCGCCACCACCAAAACCACCGCCUCCACCCAAGCCACCUCCUCCGCCACCCCCAAAACCACCGCCUAAAAUCCAUGACGAAGGGGCAGCCACGGGGCGAGCAUGGGACUGGUGCCUCAUACUGAAGGUGGAGUUGCAGUUCGCGAUGCACGGCCUCGUCGGGUCGGUGGUGUUGUGCUCGUGCCUGGCUGUAGGCAUGGCGGCGGAGGAGCGGUCAUGGGGCCACCGGAGGAGCAGCACGGUCCUGGGUGCGGCGGAGGAGCAGCAUGGUGCUAGGGGCGGCGGUGGAGCAGCACGAAGUCGUGGGGCCGUCGGAGGAGCAUCACGGCCGUGGGCGGCGGAGGAGUUGCGGAGCCGUGGUGGCGGUGGCGGCGCGUCGUGGGGAGAGCUAUGCCUGAGCGUGGGGCACACCGGCGACGGAGGAGCGGCACACGAUUGGGCGGCGACUGGCUGA